AUGUCACACUACAGCUACCCGCCCCCAGGAGGAGCACCCAACGCCAACAGCCCCAACCCUCUCCGCCCUUACUACUCGGCCUCGGACUCGCCCCUCCAGUCCUACUACAACAACACCCUCUCGUCCGCCACCCUCGAGGAAGAGCUCGCCGCCCAGAACGAACUCAACUCCCAGGCGGCUGCAAAGGAACUUGCCAGUUAUGGUCUUAUUAAGUUUAUGACCCUAGCGAUUGCUGCACCCUUUGAGGCUGGACAGACGCUGUUGCAGGUUCAGUACUUGCCUAAUGACGAUGGAUUCAAUGGAGACGACUUUGACAUCGCCGAAAAGCACCGACGCGAGCAGGAUCACCAGAGGUCACUUGAGGCAGAAGCAGAGGCAGAAAGAACCCGCUACUACAAUGAGCGAGCAGGCGCAGCGAAUGCAGGAGGAUACUACACCGGCAAUGGCGGCCAAUACAACGAAUACAGCCGCGUCGAGCGCACCGAUGUCCGUAGCCGAUUUGAACAGGACCAUCAUCGCAGUUAUGACUCUCAGGCGCCCAUCAGUUCAGCGAGCAACCCCGAGUCAGGAGAGCUUUACCGACCUAGUGUUUACGAUGAGGCGUCCAGGCCGGAUUACCAGAUGUCACCUAUUGAAGGAGGGGUGUGGAAGGCGAUGACGGAUCUUGCCAAUCACCCUACCGAAGGCUGGAUGUCACUGUGGAAAGGUCAAUAUACCAACUGGAUCUACGAAAUGAUGCACUUGUUUGCUCAGCCGACGCUGGAGGCGACCUUGAACGACACCUUCGACCUCUAUGACGAUACCAUCCCCCUGGUACAUCUGGACCGUGUCGGACCCAACAUUGCCACCAUGGUCACCAGUCAUCUCGUCGUCGGCUUUCUCCUCUCGCCCCUCGAGCUCGUCCGCACAAGACUUGUGGUGCAGACUGCCAACCCCUUGCAGCGCAAGUACAGUGGCAUGAUCAACUGCUUCUCAACCAUCAUCCAGGAAGAGGGCUUCACAGCGCUUUGGGGCGGCAUCAACCUCUUCCCUACCAUUAUUUACCACACCUUGACACCUCUCCUGUCAAACUCGAUCCCCUUGAUCAUCGACCGGGUCUUCAAACUCUCAGCCGCAGACUCGCCAUUUUUGUACUCCCUGGCAGAGUUAGGCCUCAACACGAUCGAAUUGCUGAUCCGCUUGCCCAUCGAAACCGUCAGGAAGCGUCUUCAGAUCCAGGUCAAGACCGACCAUGGUGACCGUCGUCUUGGAUCCAAAAAGUACAGGACUGUGGUCGAGACUCGCAGGAGGCCCUACUAUGGCAUGGUCGACUGUGUCUACAGGAUCAUCAAGGAGGAGGGUGGGCAUCAUAAGCGAGUCUCUAGCAGUGGCAGCAAGGGUGGCAUCGCUCAGCGUCCUUGGUACUCUGCUUGGGGUGUCCGUGGAUUGUACACGGGGUUGGGUAUGCAUUUGACGAGCAAUGUUACACUUUUUGCGGUUGGUGCUGUAACCAACUUGCAGGACGAGGGCGAUGACUGGUAG